AUGCGAGUGCAGACCGCCGGCCCAGGAUCUUCGGGGUAUGAGCCCAACAGGCUGGACCCUGGCAAAGCGCUGCCGUCGGCUCGCGUGCAGGGUACCCGAGUGCAGGCGGCCGGUCCCGGCAGCAAUAGCUACCAACCCAACAAGGUUGAUGCUGGCAAGUUCGCGCCUUCGGGCCACGUCCAGCCAGGCUUCGUUCGAGCGGGCUCUACGGCUUCGGGUCCAGGCACUGAAGUGCACCGUCAAGCGGCAACGCCAGGUUGGGCCACCAACGUGUCUCGUGACACGCCCGUCAACGCGGCGCCUCGCCCCAGUGGAGGCGGUGGCGCGAGCGGGAAUGGAGCCCGCUUCUGUUCCGAGUGCGGCAACCAACUAUAA